AUAUAGUUAAUGUCGUUUCCAUGAUACGGAUGAAUUUGAUCAAAGUAAACAUUGGAGUCCAAGAUGGAGGACAUGUACAUUAAACCAGGUAACCAGGAGCGGGGUUGGAAUGACCCCCCUCAGUUCUCUUAUGGCCUCCAGAUGGCCCAUGGACCACAGAGGAACCCCCUAAACAAGAGAGCAGCUCCACCUGCUUCUGGUGCAGGAGCCCCACCCCCUAUCCCUGCCUCCUCCAACCCUCUGGCUCCACCCCCAUGUGGUAUAGCUCCGCCCCCUAUACACCCAGCUCGCCCUCCAUUUGCCGGCAUGGCUACACCCACUCCUCCCUCAGGGCCAAUGAGAAGUCAGAGAGAGGCCGACAGCAGCCAAUCAGAGCAGUCAGGGAGUGAGCCUGAUGUGGAGGUGGUGGUGUCAGUGCUGGAGCGAGCGCUGACCAUCUGCAGACAGACCGUUAAAGAUCAGGUGUGUAAUGACGUGGCAAAGAGGCUCCGCUUCCUGGAGGACAGCUGGAGGUCAGGUAGACUGAGCCUACCUGUCAGGAGACGCAUGGACACCCUGGCUCAAGAGUUGCAGUUGGGUCACUGGGAUGCAGCUGAUGAGAUCCAUCGCUCUCUGAUGGUCGAUCAUGUGACCGAGGUCAGUCAAUGGAUGGUUGGCGUCAAACGACUCAUUGCUGAGACCCGAAUGCUGAGUCCAGAACUCCUAGAACCACUGCAGAAACCUGCAGAACCAGUCCAGGACUCUGCAGAACCAGUCCAGGACUCUGCAGAACCAGUCCAGGAUCCAGUUUCCCAGUCCUGACCCUUUAGUCCUGCAGGACUCUCUCUCCAGCAGGUUUCUGUCUUCUCUUGACAAACUGUAACUCUUCUAAUGAACUGGUGUUGAUAAUCCUUACGUCACACUUCAGCAGAGGGUCAAAGGUCAGAGCCCCAGGGGCAGGUAGGAGGUCGGCAGGAACAGACUUACUGUUCUCCUGUUCUGGACUAGACUGUAUCUGGACUCGGGACUCCAGUCUCUGAAUCCUGAACUUUGGACAUUAAAGCAACAUUAUGAAAAUAUUUGACCUUAAAACAGCUUCAACAUCAUUUGACGGUUCUGAUGUGAAACAGGGAGACAGGUGGUCCUGCCCUGAACACCUGGUCUGCCUCUAAGGGACUUUAGUUGAGCAGGUAGGAUCACCUGUAGAGGAAGCUCUGGGUUCAUGGCAGAGACCAUGACAUGUUAGCUCACAGCUGCUGUGGGUUCACAUGUUUUCAGCCAAUCAGAUCGGCUGAAUGCUGACCUGACAUGAGUGGACGGGCUGAUGGACAGGUAUGUUCUCUGUACCUGAGCUGUUAGCUUCUGGAGCUGAGACACAGACUCUGACCUGUAAUCACUACUGCUGCUCAGCAAAAGGAACUUCGUCUUUCUUUAAGGUCUGGACUGUUUCUAGACUCUGGACUAAAGACUUGUGACUCUGGACUAAAGACUUGUGACUCUGGACUAAAGACUUGUGACUCUGGAGGGACCUUUAGCUCUGAACUCUUGUCACCUGGACUCUGGACUUUAGAUUCUAGACUCUAAAUUAGGGAUUUUAGACUCUGAACAUAGAGACAUUGGACUCUUGACUGUUGACACUCUGGUCUCUGGUCUCUGGACUCUGGUCUCUGGACUCUGGACUCUGGACUCUGGACUCUGGACUCUGGACUCUGGUCUCUGGUCUCUGGACUCUGGACUCUGGUCUC